UCUCCCCCCUUUGCAAUUUGCAUCUCGAUAACAAAAGCCACCAAAGUUUCCGUUGUGAUAGUUCCAAGGUACAAAAGCUGCACUGGCGAGACAGAGCAGUCAAACUGCUCAGCUUGUACCACUGCGCAGCUAGUCAUGGCACCCUUCAGUACUUUACUUCUUCAGCUACUCCUCUUCACUGGUAAGAGCUCAGCUUUAGGUAAUAACUAAUCUCUAAUGUGGAUGAAGGGCAAGGCUCGGACUCUAGACGGUGCUGCUGCAAGUGGUAUAGUGGGUGGUAGGGUCGCCAAGCCCCAUUCCAGACCCUACAUGGUGUCACUGCAGAUUGGAAAAUCGCAUACUUGUGGGGGCAUACUCGUUCGGAAGGACUUCGUUCUAACCUCAGCACAUUGCAAACACCCUGCCCUGGUGGCGGUACUUGGAGCACAUAACAUAACCAAGGCCGAGAAAAGCCAGCAAAGGAUCCAAGUGGCUGAGUACCAUCCACAUCCUAACUACACCUGCAAAUGCAGUUAUGAUAUUAUGUUACUUAAGCUGAAGACCCCUGCUAAACUGAACAAGUAUGUGAAAACCAUCGAUCUACCUAAGAAAAAUGGCAAAAUCCCAGCCAACAUCAAUUGCACUGUUGCUGGCUGGGGCAGAACUGUAGGUAAAGCCCACAUGCCAGCAUCAGAUGUUCUGAAGGAGGCAAAAGUCAAGAUACAAUUCAACUUUGAGUGCAAGAAUAAAUGGGGCAUAUCCUUCUUGAGUGACCAAAUGAUAUGCACCCGAACUGACAAAAAGGAGGGGAUCUGCCAGGGUGACUCAGGCGGACCUCUUCUUUGCAACGGCAAGCCACAGGGACUUUCUGCUUUUACACGGGAAAAUGAUUGUAGUAACCCCAACUACCCACAAGCCUUUAUGAAAAUCUUUUACUUUAUUUCCUGGAUUAAAAAAGUGAUGGGCUGACUAGGCUAUGUUGCUU